AGAAGGAAAGAUCCUUGUUAGCUUGGUUUCCAAGAGCUCAUGCCAAAGUGCUAGAUUGUACAAGAUGGAGCCCAUUGAUUGUGGAGAUCUGGAGAAGUUCAGACACUUCCUCAAGGAUGAUUUUGAACCUGACUGGAUCAAGGUGGCAGAGGGACAAUAUGGAAAGGUUUAUAAAGUCAAACUGAAGCUCUGGAGAGAAACUUUUGCCAUGAAAUGUUUUUCUGAAGCUGUCUGUGGCACAAACGUCUACAGAAGAAUGACGGAAGAAGCUUCAAAAAUGGAAAAAGUAAAGUUCAAGUACAUUGUGUCCUUUUACGGGGUAUGCAGUGAGACCCCAGCAGUGGUGAUGGAGUACAUGCCCAAUGGCUCCUUGGACGGCCUUCUCCAGAGCCAUACGCUCAUGUGGCCCAAGAAGUUCCAGAUGAUCCAUGAAAUAACCAUGGGUAUGAACUUUCUCCACACCAUGAAGCCAGCGCUGCUCCACCUAAAUCUGAAGCCAGCCAACAUUCUACUGGAUGACCACCUCCAUGUUAAGAUUUCAGACUUUGGACUGAUUAAAUGGGAGGAGUAUUCCAACAGUAUGGAAUUUAUUGAGCAUUUGUCCAGCAGAGGAAACAUAAGCUACAUAGCUCCAGAAAUAUUUACACAGAGCCCUGAUGCACCUGGAACUAAAUAUGAUGUUUACAGUUUUGCCAUUGUGAUUUGGGAGGUCCUGACACAGAAGAAACCCUACCCAGGGGCCAAUAACAUAAUGACAGUUAUAAUGAAGGUUUCAUCUGGAAAGAGGCCUAGUGUGGAGAAGAUUCCAGAUGACAAGCCCCAAGAGUGCGAUGACAUGAUUGACAUAAUGCAGAAAUGUUGGCAACAGGAGGCUACCAGCCGGCCACCAUUUUCAGAAACUGUAGCGGAAACAGAGGCCCUCAGUGAAGUCCUGAAAAUUCCUGAUGUCAUCCGGGCCUGCAGGGAAAAUGAGAUGACACACAAGCUGGCCUACACCACGAAGUCCUCAUGCCUGAAGUCGGAAACCAAACACGAGUCAAACUCAGUCUCAGGUGAUGAAAAUUCCCACGAUGAUGUAACCACUCUUCUAUCCAAGAAAAAUUUUGAGAGUUUCAGAGGAAUCGUUAAGAAGGAUAAUGUGUUGACUGCCUACCCUGGUAACAAUUCACUCCUGCAUUACACAGUGGCUAGUGGUGACCUUGAGUCUGUGAAGAAGGUCAUUGAACUGGGAGGCGUGGUGGAUGCCCAAAGCAGCAGGGGCUACACCCCUCUGAUUGUUGGUGUUCUAUACAAGUCCCAUGAGAUUUGUUCCCUGCUGCUGAAAUGUGGAGCUAACCCAAACCUGGGUGACAGCGACUGCUGGACAGCACUCCAUUUUGCGAGUCAGAAUGGAGAUGAGCGCAUGGUGCGCCUACUCCUAGACCGCACUGCUGAACCAGACUCCAAGGAGAAGGAAGGGUGGAUGCCGCUCCACCUAGCAGCACAGAAUGGCCAUGAGAACGUGGUGCGGGUCCUCCUACCACGCUUGUCCAAUGCAGACCAACCUACAGCAGAUGGCAGGACUGCACUCCACCUGGCAGCACGGCAUGGCCAUCUGGGCAUUGUGCAGCUGCUGCUACGCCGUGGGGCAAAUCCCAACCAUCCUGAGGGCUCCGAUGGAAGAGAUGGCACCCCAUUGCACCUAGCUGCUGCAGAGGGUCACUUCCGAGUUGCCCGGCUGCUCAUUAGCAGUGGAGCAGACAUCAGUUUGGUGGAUAACAAGGGCUACAGUGCUGUGCACUGGGCUGCAGUAAAGGGCCACACAAGCAUUUGCAGGCUACUUCUGGGAAAAGGGGCACAAGCCGACCUCAAGACAGUCCAAGGCUGGACACCGCUGCACCUGGCAGCACUCAAGGGGCAUCCCUCUACUGUACUUCUCCUGGAAGAGCAUGUAGACUCCCUGAAUGUACAGGGGGCAAGUGGCUGGACUCCCCUGCACUUGGCCUGCUACCAUGGCCGAGAGGAAGUAGUCUCUGUGCUGUUAACAGCAGGUGCUGAUCCGAAUGUAGUGGACGACCGUGGCUGGACCCCACUGCACCUGGCCAGCAAUGGUGGCAGCUUCCCCAGUGUUCUACAGCUGAUCGCACAUAAUGCCAAUGUAAAUGGACAGAAUGUGAGACUGGCCACCCCUUUGCACCUGGCGGCCGCAAAUGGCAGUGCACCUAUUGUCCAGGCCCUGCUGCUGAAUGGGGCCAGAAAGGACAUGUUGGAUGCCAGUGGCUUCACUGCCAAAGCCCUAGCCCAGAAGACUCAGAAGAAGGAAGUGAUGCAACUGCUUGAUAGCCAGUGACAACAGGAUGGCAGGGGUGUUAUUAUGGCUCAGGUUCCAGUCUAUCGAGCUUCUUUGUGAAUGGCAGAUUGUAUGAUAAUUUGGACAGUUAAAAAAUGCAGAAAGCUUUUUGAAUCUGAUGAGGCUCAAAAAAAAUAUGCAGAGUUGUAAAA